CUCUGCUGCCCAGCGCAGUGCUUGCCUGCGUCGUCCCGGCAGCCCGCCCUGGGUCGGGCGGAGACUUUCCCUCUCUGACCAUUUCAUAAUUCUGAAUCAUGUCUGAUAACGGCGAACUAGAAGACAAACCUCCAGCACCUCCUGUGCGAAUGAGCAGUACCAUUUUUAGCACUGGAGGAAAAGAUCCUUUAUCAGCCAAUCACAGUUUGAAACCUUUGCCUUCUGUUCCAGAGGAAAAGAAACCCAGGAACAAAAUUAUCUCCAUAUUCUCUGGCACAGAAAAAGGAAGUAAAAAGAAAAAAAAAAAAGAACGGCCAGAGAUUUCUCCUCCAUCUGAUUUUGAACACACCAUCCAUGUUGGCUUUGAUGCUGUUACUGGAGAGUUCACUGGCAUGCCGGAACAGUGGGCGAGACUGCUGCAGACCUCCAACAUUACCAAACUGGAGCAGAAGAAGAACCCUCAGGCUGUGCUGGAUGUCUUGAAGUUCUACGACUCUAAUACUGUGAAGCAGAAGUACCUGAGCUUCACUCCUCCUGAGAAAGAUGGCUUCCCUUCUGGAACACCAGCACUGAAUACCAAGGGAUCAGAAACAUCAGCAGUAGUAACAGAGGAAGACGAUGAUGAUGAAGAUGCUGCUCCUGUCAUUGCCCCUCAGCCUGAUCAUACAAAAUCAAUUUACACACGGCCUGUCAUUGACCCUAUUCCUGCUCCAGUUGGUGAUUCUAAUGUUGAUGGUGGUGCCAAGUCUUCAGACAAACAGAAGAAGAAAGCCAAGAUGACAGAUGAAGAGAUUAUGGAGAAAUUAAGAACUAUUGUGAGCAUAGGUGAUCCUAAGAAAAAAUACACAAGAUAUGAAAAAAUUGGACAAGGGGCUUCAGGUACAGUUUUUACUGCAACUGAUGUAGCACUGGGGCAAGAGGUUGCUAUUAAGCAGAUUAACUUACAGAAACAACCAAAGAAAGAAUUGAUCAUUAAUGAAAUUCUGGUGAUGAAAGAAUUAAAGAAUCCCAACAUAGUCAACUUCUUGGACAGUUACCUGGUAGGAGAUGAGUUGUUUGUGGUGAUAGAGUAUCUUGCUGGUGGCUCACUCACUGAUGUUGUAACAGAAACCUGCAUGGACGAAGCACAGAUUGCAGCUGUGUGCAGAGAGUGUUUACAGGCCUUGGAGUUUUUACAUGCUAAUCAAGUGAUCCACAGAGACAUCAAAAGUGACAAUGUGCUUUUGGGAAUGGAAGGCUCAGUUAAACUUACUGACUUUGGAUUCUGUGCUCAGAUCACCCCUGAGCAGAGCAAACGCAGUACUAUGGUUGGAACGCCGUACUGGAUGGCACCAGAGGUGGUUACACGAAAAGCCUCUGGCCCCAAAGUUGAUAUAUGGUCUCUGGGCAUCAUGGCUAUUGAGAUGGUUGAAGGAGAGCCUCCAUACCUCAGUGAAAAUCCUCUGAGGGCUUUGUACCUGAUAGCAACAAAUGGAACUCCUGAACUUCAGAAUCCAGAAAAACUUUCUCCAAUAUUUCGGGAUUUCUUAAACCGGUGUUUGGAGAUGGAUGUGGAGAAAAGGGGUUCAGCCAAAGAACUGUUACAGCAUCCGUUCCUGAAACUGGCCAAACCAUUAUCCAGCUUGACGCCACUGAUCCUGGCAGCUAAAGAAGCCAUGAAGAGUAAUCGCUAACACCAUCACUGAGGCUUUGUAUUCUUUCAUCCAUUUUCUAAAAAGUUUUUUUAAAACAUGAAAUUGUUACUCUGAGGGGUGUAAAGAGACAGUCUGCAUCACAUGGAGAAAAACAAGCCAACUUCUAUUUUCUAAAGAUGACCAAGAGAAAAUCACAGUAAGAGAAUUAUGACUUCCAGAUGUGCCCCUGUUUUAGGGUCCAAAAGGAAUUGUGGACUGCCUCGCUAGCCUUACAUUUCAGCAGACAGCGCUUGACGUUUGCGUACUGUGUGAUGACUCUGUCACUACAGUAGAUCCUGUUUGUUGUCUCCUUUGGGAUACUUCCAUACUUGAAUGUCAGAUUCGAGUUUUUCUGAGUAUUUCUUAAUCUGCUGGUCUCACCUCCCCUUUGUAGCCUUCCCUUCCUCUGAUCUGUUCCCCUUGAGUUGUUGCCUAAAUUCAAGGCAAGUGUGACAGAAAUUAUGUAGCUCUUUAUAUUGGCCAAAGAACUUGACAUGUUGUGACUUUUUAUAGAAGUUAGGACCAGCGUUGUACAUGUAUUUCAGUCUAGAGCUUAAACUGAAGGGGGAAAGUAUGUGACUUUUACCUUUUUUAACAAAUGUGAAAGAGUCAACUUUAGAAGUCUCAUGGUAGUGAGUUUGACAUUUGUUACAUGUAUAGAAAGGACUAAUAAUCUAUAUUUAUAACUAAAUCAUUGAUACAGAGAAAGACUCCACUGACUGUAUGUUCUUACCAUUUUUGUCUUUUCUGCCUGUUUCUCCUCAUAUUUGGCUUUAGGAACAAAAGUGAUUUGUUCUUCUUCCGCUUGGACUGCAUGCUUUUGGUGCCGGUCCCUUCCCUUUUGUUCCCUUGUGAAUGAGUGUCUGUAUAUGUUGCGAUUUUAGGCAUCGGGUUUUGUUCAAAUCAACCCUUAUUUCACAUACACCCGGGCAAGCAAUAACCAUUGAAUUUUCAGAAUUUAAAAGUUAAGAACGUUUUUUCUCUUUAAAAGGAAAACUAUUUGGGAGUAGCAGAAAGCAAGAGAGAUUUGAACCUUGGUAUUUUAGGCUAGUUGUAAUAAUGAAAUGGCAGUGUUGUAGAGAUAAGGCUCAUGGCAGUAAACUGUAAAGAUUCAUCUGGUUUACAGUGUUCCCAACCCAUUAUGUUUUACUGUGAGAGAUGAAAUAGCAGAGUACACGGUGGAUCAUUUGAGGUGUUGGGGUAGUUUAGUUUUUGUUUUUCCAAAUGAGUAUUCAUGUAAAAAAACUGGAGAAAGAGAACUGCAAUGUGCAUAUUGAUAGUGAUACUUGUUAUUCUAAAGAUUUAAUGAGAGGUCUGUGACCUGUAGCGUUAGCUCUUAGCCUGCCCUCCCCUUCCUGUCUUUCCUCUCUGCUUCUCCUUAUUGCUUUGUUGUUUUGCCUGUGGAGGAGGAAUUGUCCAUUCUGCAUUCCUGGGGCCACAGAAGAGGAAGUUCUGUGGUUGGUUCAGGCUCCUGUCCCUGCCAUCCCCUUUCAAAGAACUUGACACGUGCUUGCCAUUCUGCACAGUACAAAUCAUGAGUAAAUAGGUGUGCUCUUUA